AGUCUUGUACUGGAGGCUCAGAUAUCUGCAGCUGGAGUCCAGGGUCCUGCACCUCCAGCCCGCGGCAUCUCGAACCACAAGCUCUUCUGCCCUCCGGGCCCUAGCGUCCCGUGCCUCUCCUCCGACCGAGGGGCUCUCUAGGGCAAACUUCGCCCCUCAACUACCCCCAGUCCGUGCCCGGCUUGGUGGGUGUCGAGAUGAAGGCUGCCCGCUUCGUGAUGCGCAGCGCUGGCUCGCUGAGCGGCGCCAGCCCGGUACCCCUCGAGGUCGAGCAUUUCUCGCGCUACAGCCCGUCCCCGCUGUCCAUAAAGCAGCUGCUGGACUUUGGUUCAGAAAAUGCAUGUGAAAGAACUUCUUUUGCAUUUUUGCGACAAGAAUUGCCUGUGAGGCUGGCCAAUAUCCUGAAGGAAAUUGAUAUUCUCCCUGUUCCAUUAGUAAAUACUUCUUCUGUGCAGUUGGUUAAAAGCUGGUAUAUCCAGAGCCUGAGGGAUUUGGUGGAAUUCCACGAGAAAAGCGCAGAGGACCAGAAAAUAUUAUCAGAUUUUGUAGAUACACUCAUCAAAGUUCGAAAUAGACACCAUAAUGUAGUCCCUACAAUGGCACAAGGAAUUAUAGAGUAUAAAGAUAGCUGUACAGUUGACCCAGUCACCAAUCAAAAUCUGCAGUAUUUCUUGGAUCGAUUUUACAUGAACCGUAUUUCUACUCGGAUGCUGAUGAACCAGCACAUUCUUAUAUUUAGUGACUUACAGACAGGAAACCCAAGCCACAUUGGAAGCAUUGAUCCAAACUGUGACGUGGUAGCAGUGGUCCAAGAUGCCUUUGAGUGUUCAAGGAUGCUUUGUGAUCAGUAUUAUUUAACAUCUCCAGAUUUAAAGCUCACACAAGUGAAUGGAAAAUUUCCAGGCCAACCAAUUCACAUUGUGUAUGUUCCUUCUCAUCUUCAUCAUAUGCUCUUUGAACUCUUCAAGAAUGCAAUGAGGGCAACAGUUGAACACCAAGAAAAUUCACCUUCCCUUACGCCAAUCGAGGUGAUUGUUGUCUUGGGGAAAGAAGACCUUACAAUUAAGAUUUCAGACCGAGGCGGUGGUGUUCCUCUGAGGAUCACUGACCGCCUCUUCAGUUACACCUAUUCCACUGCUCCAACGCCUGUGAUGGAUAAUUCCCGGAAUGCUCCUUUGGCUGGUUUUGGUUAUGGCUUGCCAAUUUCUCGUCUCUAUGCCAAGUACUUUCAAGGAGAUCUGAAUCUCUACUCUUUGUCAGGAUAUGGAACAGAUGCUAUCAUAUACUUAAAGGCCUUAUCUUCCGAGUCUGUAGAAAAGCUCCCAGUCUUUAAUAAGUCAGCCUUCAAACAUUAUCAGAUGAGCACUGAAGCUGAUGACUGGUGUAUCCCAAGUAAGGAACCAAAGAACCUGGCAAAGGAAAAAGUGGCACUGUGAAGAGGGACACCCAGAACACUUUAAGGGAUCAAAGUGUGUCUGUGCCAGUGCUGCUUUUGAAUGUUUGCGUGUAUCCUGUUGUUUGCUCAAAAACAACAGCAACAAGAACUCCUUGAUCAAAGCACUGAUUGAGAGGAAUGGAGCUUUUUCCUGUCAUACAGGAGAGCCUAAUGCUACAGGAGUUAACAGAUGGCCAGCUCUUUAAUUUUUAACUUAGAAUAACUCAUGAGUUUAUAUCAAAUCCUGAAGAAGAAAUAAGCCUCAGAUUUCCAUCUCAACUAAGAAUGGGAAAGGGAGUGAAUGAAAAGAUAAAAGUUAACAGUUUCAAUAUACUGAUAUUUUAAGCCCUCUUGUUGACAUGAUAAGAUGUUGGUAUUUAUUGAAUAUCAAGUGGCAAUACACCAGUAUUUUCCUGCCAUUCACAGGAUUAGGGCUUAGUUAACAUUGUGUGAUGAGAAAUGUAUGCAGACGGACAUUUCCUAAAUAUUUAUGUGCCGUAGAGAGCAUAGGAUGGUGACUAAAAUAACAUUCACUUUGUUAUAAAUAUAGCUCCUUUAUUAUGCUGUUUUUACCUAGUCACACUUCUAAAGUGCACAUUUAAUGGCAGGUGCCUAGUCUUGGGUCAAUUUUAAAAUAAUGCACUGAAUUAGGAUGUUGGUUGUUGGAGGGAGAGAAGAAUUGCCAAAGUGAAAGCAACAGUACCUGUUGUCUUGCUUUGUUUUUAAAUGAAACUAUAGAUUGAAAAACCAGUGUUUUCCCUAACUCAGUAGGAAGGGCUGAGUAGUAAUCCAAAGACAUCCAUUCUUUAGGCUUAAAAACAGAAUAUGAUAUCAUUAUAUUCUGUACACUCCAGCAUUAACAUGUCUAUAAAAAUUUCUAACCAAAUGACUCAGGAACAUUAGAAUUUAAAUACUUCUUGGAGUAAUUUUAACAAAUAGCCUGGAAGUAGGAGAUUCUCAUGCCAAGAUGUUAUUCAUUUGUGCAUCAUCAAGAUGGAGAGCUAAUGAAAGAAGGCUGUAAUGUAUAUGGUACUUUUGGGGGGUUAAGUUGUAAUUUGUAGGUUGACAGGCCAGUCAUGUGCAUUACUCUUAGAGAUAAAGGAAUGAAAAACAAAAAGAAGGAAGAAAGGGAAGAGAGUGAAGGAAAGAAGCAAUAGAUGGGCGUCUUGCCAUUUUCCCCACAAAUUAAUUUUAAGAAAUCCGUAUUUUCAUGGAUAAAUUCUUGACAAGUGGAUGAAUCAGUGUCUUUAAAAAUCAGUACAGCUUCUUUAAAUGGCUCCCACUCUCACACGACAGUAGGCUUUUACGAGAAAAUAAACUCAUCUGUAUCAAAUAAAUGUUUAAACUGGGAUAUAGAAAGAAUCAGGAUUAUCUGCACUGUAAAUUAAUCAGUACUGUAUAUGCUGAAUAUGACAUUUGUGUUUAAUUUUGCAAUGGCCUGAUAUAAUUCUGGUAGUGGCAAUGGAAGUCUCAAACUACUUGUGGAUUUCAGAUCUUAGCAUCAGGAGUUCUAGAUAGUGACUGUAAUCUUGGGACUCUGGCUUGUGCCUUUAUUGAUUACACAAAACUAUUUGCAAUUGGUUAUUUGACUUUUCAGUUUAUUCCUGAAAUGUUAAGCUAAAUAUUUUUGCAUGUAAAUACUCGUAUUUACCAAAGAUUUAAAGCAGUUGAUUAAUUAACCCAAACACUGUGAACCAUUUUUAAAACACUAGAGAAAAAGAAUUGUUAAUUUCUCAAUAGCCUAGACUGUAAAUGGUGUUCUAUAAAAUAAAUAACUCUUUGUUGGUAUUUGUGAAAUCUAUGGAAGAGUUUUAGGAUUCCAGUGCAUAGAUACUGGAUGUUCAGGCCCAUUUAAAUUAUUAACAUAUAAAUUGUGUUUUAGUCUUUAGGUUAUGUACAGAGCAAUGUGAUCAUUUUUAUAAUAAAUAUUUUUAUUAUAAUAGUAGA